AUGGAAUUCAUUAAUAUUAUAGGAUGUUGUACAGAUUUAACACGUUUAAUUUAUUUAUCAAUGACUAGUAAUGAUUUACGUUUAUUAACAAAUGAUUGGUUAUGUAGAAUACAUAUAUUUUUAUCAUUUAUCUCAUGUGAUAUAUCUGGUUGGCAUUUUGUAUGUUUAUGCAUUGAACGUUGUUAUAUUAUAUUAUUUCCAAGAAAUUAUUAUAGUAUCAAUCGUACAUCCAUUAAACCAGCUUUAAUUAUGAUUUUAUUUAUUUAUUUUAUAGGUAUAUUAUCAAAUCUAUUUUUAUUAAUACCCAAUUAUCCUGUAUGUAAUGAACCAUUUAAAAGUACAUUAGUGAAUACGAUUAAAUUUUCAAUUACAUUUAUUAUACCAGGAUUUACUGUGAUUACAUCAACUGUAUUAAUGAUUGUUGUAUUAAUUCAUUGGAAAUUAAAAAAUAUAAAAUCAGACUUCAUAAAUAAUAAUAAUAAUAAUAAUAAUACUAAUGGUUCUAAUCAUCAUUAUAAUAAUACUAAUAAUAGUAAUAAUACAUCAGCUAGAAUAACCGUAGCUAAAAUGAUGUUAAUCUGUGCAAUUUUAUAUUUAUUCAUUUUAUUUUGUUUAUUUGUAUUCGGUUCAAUUUAUGAUGAUUAUUGUUGUUUUUUAGUAGCUAAAACAAAUUAUCAUUGGAUUGAUAAUUUAUUUAAUUUAUUAUCUAUUCUCUAUUGGUUUGUAUUAACAAUUACUAGUUAUGUAUUAAUGUUAGGUACUAUCACUGUACGUCAUGAUAUAAAAACAAUGUUAUUAAUUAUAUGGUAUAACAUAUGGAAAAGAAAUUCAUUCAUCACAUAG